AUGAAGCAAAAUGCAUCAUUGCAGAGUAUAGCCAUAUGGACACUCACAGCUUUCACGGCCCUAGUCUCAUCCUCGCCCAGCUCUGGCAAAAAUACCUCCUCUUUGCCUGUCUACAAAAAGGAUCCCCUGGAUUGUGACUGCUUUACAGUAUCGGGUCCAGAUCCAGGAUACUUCCAGCACUAUAAACUAUGGGAUUUCCGCACCGUUCCUUUAGUACCGCACCUCAGCAGAGGCUUUUCUAGCCUCAAUGGCACAAUAAACACUGAAGGCGACGAUAGCUUUGAUGAUGGCGGCGACAGAGACUUUUACUACUCAACAGAUCACAAUGGAGGCGACACACAACCUCAACCAGACUCUCUAUACUUGUUCAAAACCGCCUUUCACAGAGACUGGGUCAGCCAGCAAUGGCACCGCCCCAGCCAUCCUAGAGCACCAGUAACAAUGGUAAAUUCCAGACGGAACGUAUUCCUGACCAGAGCCCACGACCAGCACCAUCCGAACGCAACAUAUCUUGUUCUUCGUACAACCCGGCACUCGAGGUUUACUUCGACCGCCGAGAUCGAGACUCGGGUGCGCGACAUCUGGCACUGCUCUCUACGCGUACGCCUUCGGCUUCUUCCCUCCAGCGUCUUCGUCCAUCAGCCCCCGUCGAUCUCGGAACUGCCCGUCCACCAUCCAGCGUCGCAACAUCCGGCUCGUCUACCCGUCAAAGCCCACAAUACGACAGAUGCUGUCAAUCCUUUCCAACCUAACCGCCCGCCCUCUGGCGCAUGCGCAGGCAUCUUUACCUAUAAUCCGAACUGCGAAUCGGACAUCGAGAUCUUAACCAGCGAUCCGUCUAACCGGGUGCGGUACGCCAAUCAGCCGGACUACGACCCGGCAACAGAUCAGAUGAUUCCGGGAGCAAGCACGAUAGCGGACAUCCCCGUGGCGUGGACGACCUGGUCAACGCACCGGCUGGAUUGGCACCCCGGCAUGUCGCGCUGGUACGUGGACGGCAUGCUCCAAGAUUCCAAGUCGUACCAAGUACCGAACCUGCAGAGCCGGCUAGUGAUCAAUCUCUGGAGUGACGGGGGAGUGUGGACGGGCGAUAUCAAGCUUGGCGAGAGCAUCUUUCUUGGCAUUGAGUUUAUUGAGCUCGCGUACAAUCGCUCGUCGGACGGGAAUAACCGAGGGAAUGUCCCGCCGGAGCAGAGGCAUGGGGGCCACCAGUUGCCGCUGGCUGGUUCAUCGGUUGCGGAUGAGCUAGACUCGUUUGAUGAUACGGAGAUUGUGACGGGGGUUGCGAAGAGAAAAAAGUGUAGAAAGGGCAAAAAGGGUGACAAAUGUCGGAAGAAGGAAAAGCAGAAGCACCGUCAUAAGCACCAUCAUGAGGGAGAUGCUGACCAUGACAAGGAGCAUCUCAAGGCACCGUGUCAACGGAUCUGCAAUAUCGAUGAGAUCCACUUGGGCGAGAUGGAGUGA